GUUACUCUCUCUCUCUUUCUCUCUAAAGCAAAUUUUUGACAUUUAGUCUCUUCUCUUUUCAAAUGUUUGACUUUACUAAAGCUUUUAAAUUAACCACAGCAUAGUAUAGUUCAUCCCUUUCUUACUAUAAUUAAACGAUAAUAAAAUAAUACAUAUUAACAAAUAAAUUUCUUAAAAAAUAAAUAAUUUUACAAAACAACUAAUAAAAAUAUGAUAAGCCACAGAGUUUUUCAACAAAACGCACGCAGUAAUUCUUUACGAAAAUUCUUUUCACAACUAUUCAUUCUAUCGAAAACCUGAUAACUCACAAAGUUUUGCAAAAACAGUUGGAAAUGUUAUGUACACCGAUGAAAUUGAAAGUUAAAGUAAAGUUUUUGGAAAAACAAGAAAUGACCCAAUAAUGGAUGAUUCUUCGAAGAUGAAUGAUUGUGAUGAUGAAGAAGAAAACUUUGUUAUAUAUCCCGACAUUAAUAUAUUUUCUCCGCAGACCUCACAGAAAAGAAAUGAAAUUAAACUCAAACGCAACUCAGGCUUAAAAUAUACUCUUGCAAAAACCCAAAAAAGUGUUGAAGCUCGUAUUCAGGGACCACCUUGCGGUUGCAAGCGCAAUUGUCGACAAAAACUUAACAAUGCCCAUGAAGAUAUUUUUAAUAACUUUUGGACUAUAGGGUCUUAUGAUCUUCAGAAUUGCUAUCUUUUUGAUUGUAUUCAAGUGGGUGACAAAAGGAGAUGCUAUAAGACGAAAACUAAAAAUCAACAAUCCAGAAGAACAAUAUCGGCCAGUUAUACGGUAAAUGUGAAUGGUGUGAAUAUCAGUGUUUGUAAAGUUGAAUUUAUGAAUUUACAUGGCCUUCAGAACUCCAGAGGUAGACUAGAUCAUAUUAUUAAAAUGAAGAGAGAAGGAGCGAUUUUUCCUAAAACAGAUGGUCGUGGCAAGCAUACUAAUAGAUGUAAUAAGAAAACAAACGAGUUCUGAAAAAGAAUAUAAAAUUUAGUCGGAGUUGAAAAUAAAUAUUAGAAUUGUAAUUUUAUGUAUAUAAUUUAUGAAUUAUGAUAGACUUAAUGUUAUUAGUUUUUGAAAUAAAUAAUUUACAACCUAUGUGGGUCAUUAACCGUA